AUGAAUAAUCGCCAGUCGCAUAGCCGGCAGCCGCCGCAGGUCUGCAUCUUGGUCAGUUGCCCUUACAGCGGCGUAGCACCGCUCAUGAGGCUCUUCACUGAGCACCCCGAUUGCCACGUCACGAACAGCCUCGCCCUUGCAGACAUCACAGGGCUGGACCGAUCCAUAGGAAACAGCGUUACCAGCCACCGCGUCUUCAGCGAUUGUCUGGCAAGCCAUGGACGAUGGUUGAUCAGCGACAUUGAAGUAGGAGACGGUGAAGAGUGGUCGCAUCAGGCGCACCUCGAAAAUGUCACGACUCGGCCGGUCUUGGUGGUCCGCGAUCCAAUCCGUGUUCUCAAGUAUUGGAAGGAGAAUGCGCGGGGUAGCGCAUACCAGCUCAUCGGGCUCUUCAAAAACAUGUUCCAGAUGCUCGAGCAAGUGCCCGCCGAUGCCAACACAAUCAUCCUCUAUGAGAAACUGAUCAGCUGUCCACGAAGAGAAGUUAGACGUAUCUGCGCCAGAUGGGGAAUGCCGCUACCAGACCGUAUACUCGACGAUGUCGCGGAUGCCUGGUCAGAUGCUUGCAAAGGACGACUCCGACGCCAUGGGCACCUUUCCAGCUUGUUUCAAAGCGAGGACGCACCACCGCCCAGUGCGCUGUGCAAUGGCCCUCUCUCUAACUCUGAGAAAGACAUGAUUGAGGAACACUUGGGUCGAUUGUAUCUUCGCUCUUGGCAAAAUGAUGCUCAGGAACUACAGAAAAUCCUCUUAGAGAAGACAUGGAUUGGGUUUGAUCUCGACGAUACAUUGCACGAGUUCCGCCGGGCAUCCUCGGCGGCCACCAGUAAGGUUCUCGCAGAGAUUUCAGCAAAACAUGGCGUGCCUAUCGAAGCGCUGUCGAAGGAAUACUCCAAAGUCCUUCGGGCAAAGACCGCCAAUGCCUUUUCCGAUGGGAAAACAUCGUUUGACUAUCGAAGGGAGCGAUUCCGCUCUACGUUGGACGGCUUCGCCUUGCCGUACGACGAACCUUUCAUGACCGAGCUCCUGGAGUGCUACGAGACUACCCUAGUGGCAUCACUGGAGCUAAAGUGCGGCGCAGCUGGGCUGCUCUCCACGAUCAAAAAUAUGGGCAAGAAGAUUGUCGUUAUUACAGAAGGCCCCCAGGAUUCACAAGAGAGAACGAUAGAUGCUUUAGGCAUAGGCGGCUACGUCGACUUUGUCGCUACUACAAAUCGCUUUCGGGUCGCCAAGACAGACGGCCUCUUUGGCAAAGUACUUGCGCAUUUGGGAAUAUCGUCCUCCGACGUGGCCUACGUUGGCGAUAGUGAGCAACGGGACAUGGUCCCGGCGAUGGCUGCGGGUAUUUUUUCCAUUCACCUUGCCGAGGAGAAAGAUGUGCUUCUCACGGCUUCUCCACCACGCAUCAAUACUCUACGAAAGCUUCAAUACAUCAUUUCCUGA